AUGACAAUCAGCUUAACACUUCUAAUGACUUUGAUGAUUUCAUUCGUAAUAUCAAGGAGAACUGCUCCCCUUUCUCUUUGCCCAAGAAAGCAUGGGCAGAACAAGAUGCCGUCACCUCCUUUUGCCUUGCCUGCCAUUAAAGAAGAUCACUUUGAGAAGAUAUUUGACCCAGAACAGUUCCAGUUUGGGACAAGAAAAACUGCAGGACCUAAAGAUCCCUCUCCAGCCAUGAUGAUCAAGAAGAAAAAUGAACAGGCAAAAACCAACCCACCGUCCAAACGUUCUGAGGACAGCCUUCUUUAUAAAGGUCUCUCAUCUAGACGGGAACAAGACAAAGCCAAAAAGGUCACAGUCACUGAGGAGAAAACUGAUAGAGAAAAACAGAACACUGAAGGCUCUGGAAAAAUGCCCUCAAGGUUGGAAAAAAUGUCAAUCAUCUCAAACCUUGUGAAUUCCCCAAACACGGCAAAAAGAGGCAGAACUGAGCCAAGCUCAGAGGUGGUGCCAACUUUAGGAGAUCGUAGAGACAUAUCACUGUCUCAUGCUGUCACCGCUGCAAAAGAGGGGUUUGGUGAGUUGCCAGAUUGUGGCAAUGUAAAGGCAGGACCUGGUGAUUCAGUAAAGAGCCCAUCCACACCUCCACCUCUUCCAACUUUCUCAGAAGUCAAGCUGCCUGACGUUUUGGAAAAAUACAUGAAUAAAGGCAAAGAAGCUAACACCAUGAGCCAGCAAAGGCCUGACACUGGCUCUGUCCCUGCAUUGGAUUUGAAUCUCACUUCCAACAAAUUUAAUUCAAGCAUGGGACUGCAAGGCAUUUCAAUAGUAACAUCUACAUCCAACAGCACUCAGCAGAUUCCACUGCCCACAUCCAGCAGUCUCUCACCAACAUACACAGAGACAACUGGUGUCAGAGGCUUCCACAGACGCCCUGGAAAGAUUGUGAUAUACCAACAACCUAACUUUGGAGGAGAGGCAUAUGAGGUGUUCAGAGACACAGAAGAUGCCACCUCCCUAAACCUUUCUCCACUCAUCUCCAUAAAGGUUGUUAGAGGAUGCUGGCUGCUGUAUGAAAAGCCAGGCUUCCAGGGCCGGACCAUUGCACUGGAGGAGGGGCCAGCAGAGAUAGCAAAUGAGUGGGCGGAGACAGAGCCCAGUGGGGAAAUGCAGCCAAAUGGCCUGCAGCUCCCAACCACACCCAUGGUUAUUGGCUCCAUUAGGCUUGCAUUAAGGGACUACACCACACCAAAAAUCGACCUGUUCACAGAGCUAAAUGGGAUGGGACGAAUGUCUUCAUUCUGCGAUGACACCAUAGAGACCUGUUCAUUUGGUAUUCCUCAGAGUACUGGGUCCAUUAAGGUUCACAGUGGAGUAUGGCUGGUCUUUAGUGACCCAGGUUUCCAGGGUCUUUUAGCUGUUUUGGAGGAAGGAGUAUAUCCCUGCCCUCAGGACUGGGGCUUUCCCACACCCUUUGUAGGAUCACUGCGACCCUUGAAAAUGUGUGAAAUUAAGGUGGAAAAUCCCAAUGAAAUUAAGGCGGUACUCUUUGAAAAACCAAUGUUCCAAGGGGAGUGCUUAGAGAUCGAACAGGACAUUUACAACUUUGAUGAAGGAGAGGAAGAGAAGAAAGAUGAAGAAGAUGAAACUGAGAGUCCUGACAGCAUCAGGAGAAAGAGGCUGAGUUCUGUCGGCUCAUUGAAGAUCCUGAGUGGCCUCUGGGUAGGAUAUUCUGCACCAGGGUUCGAAGGUCGCCAGUAUCUUCUGGAGGAAGGAGAGUAUGCAGACUUCACUGAAUGGGGUGGACUGGGAGACAGGCUCCUGUCUAUACGUCCUGUAUUAGCAGAAUUUUUGACCCCUCACGUGAGAAUGUUCAGUGAGCUGGAUUUCAGCGAGAGAGGGAUGAAUGUGGAUCUAAUGGAACCUGUCAUUAGCAUGGAAGCCACUGGCUUUGGCAUAAAGACACAAUCGGUGGAAGUCCUCUCUGGCGUGUGGAUAGCAUUCGAGAAGGCACACUUCUCAGGUGAGCUGUACAUUUUAGAGAAGGGUCUCUACGGGAGUCCAGAGGACUGGGGAGCACACAACUGCAAGAUCUUGUCACUUCAGCCUGUGGUUUUGGAACAGGCUGAAGGACUGUCCAGAUAUAAGGUGCAGUUGUUUGCUGAACCAGGGUUCAAGGGAGCAAUGCAGUCUUUAGAUGAAAAUGUGGCGUCCCUGCCAGAGGGCUUCUACCCCAUGUCCUGCAAGGUUUUGGCUGGGAGUGGGUGGUGUUCGAUGGCCCACAGUUCACUGACAACAUGUAUGUACUGGAAGAAGGAGAAUACCCCAGUCCUGAGGCUCUGGGCUUACUCAACUCAGACUGCAAAAUCAGCUCCCUCCACACUGUAGGACAUGAGUUCUCUAUGCCCUCCAUCACACUCUUCGGUAAAUCUGGCUUCAGAGGACGUAAAGUGGUUCUGACCGAUGGCGUUUUGAAUCUGUCUCUGGCUGGCAUUGAUGGGCGGGUCAGCUCUCUAUUGGUUAAUGGAG